CUCGUAAUAGUAGCAUUUUUCAUGCGACGAAGACUAAACCAACCUGUAAUCCUUCUGCUGCGGGGGAAUUAAGCCGGCGAAUAGCGGAGCAAAGGAUGUCGACGAGGACUCGAGGAACGGCGGCGGCGACGACGACGAAGGGUGGGAAGAAGAAGGCAGCGACCUUCGUCAUCGACUGCUCGAAGCCGGUGGAGGAUAAGAUCAUGGACAUUGCCUCUCUGGAGAAAUUCCUGCAGGAGAGGAUCAAGGUCGGCGGUAAACCCGGCGCUCUUGGAGACGCAGUCACCGUUACUCGCGACAAGAGCAAGAUCACGGUCACCGCCGACACCAACUUCUCCAAGAGGUACCUUAAAUACUUGACCAAGAAAUACUUGAAGAAGCACAAUGUUCGUGAUUGGCUCCGUGUGAUUGCCUCCAACAAGGAUAGGAGUAUCUAUGAAUUACGCUACUUCAACAUAGCCGAGAAUGAGGGUGAAGAGGAAGAUUGAAAACGACCCCAGUUUCUCCUUUUGGAACUCCAAAUAUCUCGGGCUUAGGUUGUAUUUUGUUUCUUUUCCAUUAUCAGUUGUCUGAAUUUGUUGAGAUCCUCUUCAAUGUUACGCCAAGUUUUCCAGUUACAAGUGAUGUUUUAUCCAAUA